AUGUCGUUCGAGUCGAACGGCAGCCAGUCGUCCCAGACGCAACCGAUCCCGCUGAGUGACUUCCUCAGCAUUCAGGAUGACCAUCACUUCACAUGGGACGAUGCAAACCGGGAGGUGUCGGACGCCUGGCUGGCUCCUGUCAAGGCAGCCUUCCUCGACUCCAAGAAACACAAGGUAUUUCACCACGCCAAUAAAGAAUACCUCAAACCUCCCAGCCCCUUUGUUCAACAGGGCCCGGAACUCGGUGAUUCGGGCUCGACCAUCGUGUACCGGGUCACCUCCCCGGAGGGCUAUGCCUAUCGCCGGCCUCUUGCCCUCAAGGUGAUAGUCUGCAAGGAGAACUCGCGGCCGCCGGGGCCAGACAGCAAGGCACGCAGCGAUGCACUCAAGGAGGUCCGCACCAUGUCCUCGCUACGGCACCCGCACAUCGUCGCAUACGUGGCAUCGUUCGAGGAUUACUGUAUUCAGACUCGAGAGAUCAAGCGACGGCCGCGAGGCAAGAGCCACGGCAUCUUAAUCAGCGCGAACCAGCGGAUCAAGAAGCACAUUCUCGGCAUCGCCAUGUACCCGCCUGCGCAAUGCAACCUGCACACCUUCAUGGACGAGGUUAUCCAGAGCCCCAAGGAGGCUGACUGGAUCCUGCCCCAUCUCCAUACAUUCUUUGGCUGUCUUGCCCAGGCCGUAGCCUACCUCCACCGGCGGAGCGUGCAGAUCCGCCACAAGGACAUCAAGCCGGACAACAUCGUCAUCGACGACUUUGGUCUGCCCGUGCUGACAGACUUCGGUCUAUCGAGGCACUUCGAAACGGGCCAGUUUUCCGAAGGUCCGACCCCGAAGACGCUGAAAUACGCCGAUCCGGAGGCCAUGCACGAGUAUGGGCGGAACGAGCGCUCCGACAUUUUCUCGUUGGGCUGCGUCUUCCUCGAGAUGGCCACUGUCCUCCUCGGCCAACCCGCCAAGUUCGCUGAAGAGCAACUUUCCAUCAACAACAACAGCGGCAGCAGCAGCAACGGCGGUGACGGAAACUCCAUCUCUGGAAGCGCCGAGUUCAAAUACUCGGAAACCCUGCACAACCUCGACAACUACCUCACCACCCUCACCAUCCUCUCCCGCGACCUCAUCGCCUCAGACCCCUCCCGUGAACCCUCCGUCAAAGCCGUCCUCGCCACGCUGCCGUACAUCCGGCGCAUGAUGGACGAGGCGCAGGCGCGGCGGCCCGAGGCCCAGCAGCUGUACCCGUGGUUCCGUCACCUGUGCGACGUCUACGACACCCCGGGGCCUUGCCCCAACUGCGAAGAGGAGCGCCGCACGGGACGCGCCAUUCCCAGCCGCAGCGGCAACCGCAGCCCCACUCUCAACCGCAGCGGGACCGCCGGCACCACGGGCACCGGGAGCGCCUUCUCGCAGCCGUUAGUUAGGAGGGGAACUGCUGCGUCUAUGGCGACGACGAUAUCGAUGUCGAUGCCGGGGCCGUAG